AUGUAUAGGGAUCUGCACGGGUACUACUGGGGUGCGGGUACGGGUCGGGAUUCUAAGACCCGCGCUCUUACCUGUACCCCAGCUAUACUCGUGCCUUCGGUAAUUUUACCUCUCGUCCUCGCACACUCCUCAACUGCAACCGUCAUCAACGUCUUCGCUCACCAUGCCACUAUCAACAUCUUCGCACCCAGCAUUCCCGUGUGCACGCUACAACCGGCACCACCACCAACACUGGCACCUAAUGCGCCUUCCCAAGUCCACCAACUCCACGUUCACAGCGCGCGCGCCCGAAACGCAUCAACAAGUGUCGACGCGAUGCAAACGCACGCGGAUGACAUGCGAGGACGAAAGGACAAGAGAAUCGAAGAAGGGAGAAGGGAUGGUAUAGAGAUAAAGGAGGAAAGAGGAACUCGAGGAGACGAGACUUUGGGCAUGCUGGAAGUGAGUACUCACAUUGAAGACUCUACCCCCAGCAACAACAAUGACAUCAUACAUGUCACGUCGCCAGCACCUAUCUUUGUGCACCCAGCACUCGCACCACCACCAGCACUCGCACCACCACCAGCAUUCACACCACCACCAGCUUUCACGCCAAUGCCACCAUCCACAAUGCCAAUACCACCAUCUGCGUCACCUUCGCCAUCAUUCGCACCACCAUCUUUGUCAUUCGCGCUGGCACUAGCGCAUACCCCAGCGACACCAUCACCAACGACCACUACGCCAUUCCCAAUGCGACGGAUGCCAUGCGCGAAUGCCCAGUGCGCGCCCCUCCUCCUUCUUGUGCCAUCCACAUAUGUUCAAGUCACGUCAGCAUUCACUGACGUGUGCUGGACAUAUGUGCUAAGCACUGGUGGAUCUAUGACCCGUGGGUACACCCUUGAUGGGUUGUACCCCGGGUCCUUACUUUGCUACCCACUGUGCAACCCGUACCCUUGCUGCGGGUGGUUCACCCGUGCGGAUCCCUAA